CCCGCCCCAGCCCGGCGGGGCUUGGGCGCGAGCCAGGGCCCGGCAGUCCGUACUGCCCUCACCCGCCCCCCACUUUCCGGCUGCCGGGGGGCCUGGCCCCCGUUUCCCUCGCAGGUCCUGGACGGACGAAGAGUGCCCGCGAGGCUGUGCCUCGGAACGUCUCUCAGCGCCCAGAGGACCGCUGACACCAGCAGGCGUCCGAUAGUGGAGCCGGGGCGGCACAUGAGCCCACAGCGCUGACGCGAUUAGUCUUCGACUCCCGCGGCCCGCUCCCGCCUCCGCCUCCGUCCACGAAAUGGUGUACUCUCCCUUUAAGGCUAAAAUGGUGGCUGCUACGAGCAGGACUCCACUUCCGGUGAGGAGGGGGCGGGACCCCAGCCCGCUCACGCCGGAAGUGGUUUGCGUUUUCAAGAUGGCGACUCCCUAUGUAACUGACGAGACCGGCGGCAAGUACAUCGCCUCAACACAGCGGCCCGACGGGACGUGGCGGAAGCAGCGCAGGGUGAAGGAAGGCUACGUGCCCCAGGAGGAGGUCCCAGUGUAUGAGAACAAGUAUGUGAAGUUUUUCAAGAGCAAACCCGAACUUCCCCCAGGACUGAGCCCCGAGGCCACUGCGCCCGCCGCCGCGUCCAGGCCCGAUGGGGGCGAGCCGGGGCUGUCCAAGACCGCCAAGCGCAACCUGAAGCGGAAGGAGAAGAGGCGGCAGCUGCAAGAGAAAGGGGAGGCGGAGGCCGCGGGCCGGACUCUAGAUAAGGUGGCCCCAGGCGAGGCGGCCCAGCUCCCCAGCGCGCCACAGGGCUCCCAGGCAGCCCCCACAGCUGCCUCUGACCCCCCCGAUUCAGCUGCUACCACGGAAAAGGCCAAGAAGAUAAAGAGCCUGAAGAAGAAGCUCCGGCAGGUGGAGGAGCUGCAGCAGCGGGUCCAGGCCGGGGAGAUCAGCCAGCCCAGCCGGGAGCAGCUGGGGAAGCUGGCCAGGCGGAGGGCGCUGGAGGAGGAGCUGGAGGACUUGGAGCUGGGCCCGUGAGGCUGUGCGGGCGGACUGCGCGGA